GUGUGAACUAAUUUCCCACUCAUUUCAUUCUCCUCAUGCCUUUAAUUUUCUUCCCCAUACACUGUCACACAAAACCAAGACUCAAAAAUAAUAUUCAUAGCACACAGAAAUUAAAAUAUCAACACUAUAUACAUUCUUCAAUAUGGUCCUGUUUUGCAUGAAAGAGAACAACACAAACACAAACACAAAUACUACUACAAUGACUCACCAAUCAUCUACUAAAUCUCAUGACCUAAUUGAUCUUGAAAUGAAGAAACCUCAUCAACUCAAAGAAGAAGAAGAAGAAGAUGACACAAAGAUUGAAAUAGCAUAUUUGAAGAAGAUGGUUUUGCCUAUUGUUGAGGAAGAAGAAAGUGGAAGAGAGAGGUUGAAGAGACAUAGAGUUGAAAUGGGUGGAAGAGUAUGGAUUCCAGAUAUGUGGGGACAAGAAGAGUACUUGAAGGAUUGGAUAGAUUGCACAACAUUUGAUCCUCCUUUAAUUUCUAAUAGCAAAAUUGUGACUGCUAGAACUGCUUUGGUUCAAGAAGCUACUAGGAUUCAGAUUCCACUAUAGGUGUUGUGCUUUUGUUUUUCUAUUAUUUUUUGUUUAGUUAUCUUAUGACCAUGUUAAUGUUAUAUUAUAUAUAUUGUUUGAUUGUGGAUGGUUUAUGCAUCCCAAUCUUUGUAUAA